CUAUGUAGUCAUUGGAUCAAACAACUCAUGGCAAAGACAGAUAUGUACAACCACACAAGAGUCACAGAAUUUGUCCUUACAGGAUUCAAGACUCUUCCAGAAAAGCAGUAUCUCCUCUUCGGUGUGUUUUUCGCAAUUUACCUGGUAACAAUGGCUGGAAACAUCCUCAUAGUUUCAGUUGUUCUGUCUAACCCUUACCUUCACAAGCCAAUGUACUUCUUUCUGGGCUACUUAGCCUUUUUAGAGACUUGCUACACUUCAACAAUCCUUCCCAGGAUUUUGGCCAGCUUUAUAAGUGACUAUCAUGGAAUUUCUUUUAAGGGAUGUUUCAUCCAGUUCUAUUGUUUUUCUUUUUUGGCUGCAACUGAGAGCUAUCUCUUGUCUGCAAUGUCUUAUGAUCGAUACGUCGCUAUAUGCAAACCACUCUAUUAUGCAACCCUCAUGAAUAACAAGUUGUGUGUUCAAUUGUCCCUUGCUUCAUGGAUAAUUGGCAUUGUGGCUAGUAUGUUUACAACAUUCUUGCUUUCCCAGCUGAACUAUUGUGGCCCCAAUGAAAUUGACCAUUUCUUCUGUGAUUAUGCUCCAUUGUUAAUGCUCUCCUGCAGUGACACCCAGGAGGCAGAAGUGGUGAUGACCGUCUUGGGUUCUGCGUGCACCAUGCCACCAUUGGUGUUCACACUGGCCUCAUAUGGGUGCAUUAUCACUACCAUUUUAAGAAUACCCUCAAACAGUGGCAGGAGCAAAGCCUUUUCUACUUGUUCUUCUCAUCUUAUCGUGGUCUCCAUUUUCUAUGGAACCCUCAUCAUUGUGUACAUAUUACCAAAGUCCGAGGAGCUGAGGGCUCUGAACAAAGUCUUCUCUGUUUUCUACACAAUCCUGACUCCCAUGAUCAAUCCCUUCAUAUACAGCCUGAGAAACAGAGAAUUUAAAGAGGCCCUUAGAAAAGCCAUGAGCAAACUAGUGGCCUACAGUAGAGUUCAUAGAAUCCAACUUCAGUGCACAAUGACUCACAUGUGA